AAAGUUUGCUUCCCCUACUACACAUAAUUAACAACCACAUCUUUACUAUGCAUUGCAUCGGCUAUCAACAAUUCAAUAUAUGACAACACUUAAACAUAUCUUGUGUUGUACUUAUCGCAUCGGGUCAUACUAUACGGCAAUUUAAAGACGACAAUCUGUGAUACAAUUGUCGUUUUAACAGUGUUGUGAUUGUCCUUUUCAGUCUCAAGUUAUAGCGCGUCGAAGAUGGAGUCCACCAAGCAAGAAAUUCGCCAUAUUUUACGUUUUUACUACCUGCGAGGUAAAACUGCAACGAAGGCGGCCGAAAAAAUUCGUGUAGUUUAUGGACCCGAUACUGUAACGAUUCGCACAGCAAAGUAUUGGUUUGAUCGAUUUCGUUCUGGUGUAGUGGCUGUCGAAGAUACACCCCGUACUGGUAGGUCAAUCGUCGUGGAAACCGAUAAAAUCGUUCAAAUCAUCCAAGUAGACCGGCAUGUGAGCACUCGCUCGAUUGGCCAGAAACUGGGUAUAGACCAUAAAACCGUUUGGAACCAUUUGCUGAAGAUUGGAUUCAAAAAAAAGCUGGAUGUAUGGGUGCCAGAGUGGAUCACGUACGACAACCUCAAGCGAAAAAAGUCGUGGACGAAGCGCGGUGAGCCGGUCCGAACUAUCGUCAAGCCCGGAUUGACGGCAAGGAAGAUUUUGGUGUAAGGGAGGACGGAGUAAGACGGCCAUCCUAAGCAUGGAGUAUAAUGAAACACAAUGUAAACAAAAUUGAAGCUGUAAUGUUAUAUGAUUAAUAAAAAAAGCUAUACAAAUGGUGAUACUAAAAUAAUGCGGGGCCACCACUAGGAGAAAGACGGCCACAUUAUUCUAAUCGUAUAGAGGAUUAUUGAUUUCGGCAAAAUUGUACUAUAGAUCGAGUGUGACAAGAGUGGGAUGAGUAAUUUUCCCUGAAUUACCUAUAACGUGCUCAAUGGACACCCUUUUAUGGAAUUAUAAUAAUCAAAAACUAUUAUUUGAGGCAUCUGAGAAAAAAAGAAUCAAAUUUAUCAUGAAUGCACCUUGAGUUAUUCAACCAAUAAUACGAGUCGUGUGUAUAUUCUAAAUGAAUUCGUCAAUUACGUGCGUUCAAAUAAUAUCUUUUAAUGACUCAAUACCUCAGUACUCCAAUAAUUCUAUGAAAAGCCUAAAAACAUACCGUUUUUAUACUUAUUUUUGUCAUUUAUCAUGAUGUUUCACCUAUACACACGCUAAAAUGGGUAUACAUUAUUGAGGGUAAUGCAAUACACUGAAAUAAUUCAUUAUAGUUGCCCAAUAGUUACUUGUUUCAAUAAUCUGGAGAGUGGUCGUCUUGCCCCGAGAAUAGUUGUACCUUUUGCGGCAUAACACUUAUACUUUCGUGAAAUUUCUUGUUUUAAUGAUUGCCAAUAUCUUA